UUUGGGUUUUACAGACAAACAACAUUUAGCAAACUACAGUACGAGAUAGGUCAGACUCGCGUACACUCCGUUGUUGAAAUGUGGAAAUCAGUGGUCAUUUUAGUUUGCUCAAUGUUGGUAUGCUUGCUGCAUUCCACUAAUUGUUCGCCUGUAGAUAUUGGUGACCCUGUUAACCUUGUUGCGAAAAACAUCCUAAGCUCAAGACAAAAGCGGCAGGGAGGAAUCGAUUUCUCGAGCGCCAACGCAAAUGCCAAUGCCUUUAGUGAGGGUUUCGGACCCGGUGGAUUCGGUGGCAGUGCAGCAAAUGCACAAGCGCAAUCUUUCAGCAGUGGAGGUCCUCUCGGAUCGUUUGGUGCAUCAGCUGCCAAUGCGGCUUCAGAAGGAUUUAACGUUGGUCCGAACGGAGCAUCCGGAUCGGCAUCGUUCGCAGGUAGUCAAACUUACGAGUUACCAGGAGGAAAGGAUAUCUCGAUUUCGUACUCCGACGGAUUCUCAAUCGGUGCGAACGGGCCAACGUUCUCUGGCGGGGAUGCGAUAAGUGUCAGUUAAUGUUAAUUAUUCUGGUUCGAUGCGAAAUACAUGAAAUUACACAAAACGGCUUCAAAGAAAAAUUUAAAAAAAUAUAGCUUUUAAAAACAACAGAUAACCACUAAAAAAUACUGGCAUUUUACUUUUUUUUAUUAUGGGCU